AUGCCAAAUAUGCCUUCCACUUUCCACACUUGUGAACGUGAAAAACUAUUUCUUCAUCCGAGUUCUAAAAAAUUCGGAGUACCAGAACUACAAAGACUUGUAAAACCUCACAUCGAAUCCUUUAAUUCUCUGUUAGAGCCCCCCACGAGAGGAAUAUUGCAUUAUGCCGUUGAUGAUAUCGGAGUGGUUGAAAUUGCCGACGUUCCGCACAACAGCCCUGAAAAGGGUAACAUCCUAAAGGUAUGGAUCGAGGAAGUAUUAAUUGGAAAGCCCCUUUUACCUGAAAACGCUCGUGGAGUAAAAACAAGACAAAUAUAUCCUUCUGAGUGCAGAGAAAGAAUGACCACAUAUGCCGGUAAAAUGAUGAUCAAAUUCUGUUGGCAAGUAAAUGAUGAACCACCGAACACAGAUACCAAAUCAAUGGGAUUUAUUCCCAUUAUGAUAAAAUCCAAUCGUUGUAACCUUCAAUAUUUCUAUUCCAAACAAAUGAUUCAACACCAUGAAGAAUCAGAAGAGAUGGGAGGAUACUUUAUUAUUAAUGGAAUCGAGAAGAUCAUUCGCCUUUUGCUGAUACAAAGGCGAAAUUAUCCAAUGGCACUUCUCAGACCAUCUUUUGCGAAUCGUGGAACAUCAUAUACUGAAUACGGUGUGUCUAUCCGGUGUGCCAGACAAGAUCAGACGACCAUGACAAAUACUUUGCAUUAUUUGAAAGAUGGCAAUUGUAUGCUGAGGUUUGUUUGGCGUAAGCAAGAAUACAUAGUUCCCGUUAUUUUUUUUUUAAAGUCUUUGGUUGAGAUCAAUGAUAAAGGGAUUUAUGAAAUGUUGAUGUUAGGAGAUUUUGAAAAUACUUUUAUGUCGGAUCGAGUGGAACACAUGCUUCAGGAAUUCAAAGCACAUGAUGUGAAGUCUAGGGAACAAAGUUUGACUUUACUGGGCGAGAAAUUUCGAGUUAUUAUUGGAUUACCAUCUCAUUAUUCUAACAAACAAGUUGGAGAAUAUGUAAUAAAAAAAGUUUUACUAGUACAUCUUACAAAUUUUCAAGACAAGUUUGAUCUUUUAAUUUUUAUGAUUCGAAAACUAUAUUCUUUUGUCGUUGGCAAUUGCUGCCCAGACAAUCCUGAUUCACCGCAAAAUCAAGAAGUUCUUUUGGGCGGCCACCUUUAUGGAAUGAUCAUUAAGGAAAAGCUUGCUGAUUAUUUGAACGGUAUUAAAGCUCAAAUUUUAAUGGAUUUAAACGCGAAAAAGACAGUAAAUUUCAAGGAUAAAAAAUAUCUUUCGACCACAUUUAAUAAAUCUAAUUCGGACAUCGGUAAAAAGUUGGCGUAUUUUCUCGCAACGGGGAAUUUGGUUUCGAAUACGGGUUUGGAUUUAAUGCAGACCACCGGUUAUACGAUUAUUGCAGAAAAGCUUAAUUUCUUUCGAUACAUUUCUCACUUUCGAUGUGUUCACCGAGGAUCGUUUUUUGCUGAGUUGAAAACUACUACAGUGCGCAAACUUUUACCAGAAUCAUGGGGAUUCAUAUGUCCGGUUCAUACUCCAGAUGGAACACCGUGUGGAUUACUAAAUCACCUUUCAUAUUCAUGUCGAGUUAUUACGUCCCAACUGAAUGUCAAUAAAAUUCCGCUGCUUUUAUCAGAAUUUGGAAUCUCUGUUAAACCACCAAUAAAUGGAAAGGAUAAAAUAUGCGUUCAGCUGGACGGGAAAAUAUUGGGAUGGUGUUCUAGUAAACACGCCCAAUCUAUCGCAGAUAGGUUGAGGAUAUUGAAAAUUGAAGAGAAGAUACCAAUUGACAUCGAAAUAGGUUUCAUUCCUCCAUCAAAUGGUGGUCAGUAUCCGGGGAUAUAUAUUUUUUCAAGUUCGGGACGUAUGAUGAGACCCGUUAAAUUUCUUGCAAAUGGGAAGACUGACAUGGUCGGUUCAUUUGAGCAAGUUUAUAUGAAUAUUGCAUGCUUACAAGAAGAUAUUGUUAAAGGAACAACAACACAUCAAGAGUUUUCUCCAACUAACAUAUUAAGCAUCCUUGCUAAUUUGACUCCAUUCUCGGAUUAUAACCAAAGUCCUCGAAACAUGUAUCAGUGUCAAAUGGCCAAACAAACAAUGGGAACACCCGCGACAGCCUUGACACAUCGAACAGAUAAUAAAUUAUAUCGUUUGCAGACAGGUCAAACUCCUAUAGUGAGACCUGAGCUUCAUAAUACCCUUGGAUUAGACGGUUUUCCCAAUGGAACUAAUGCUAUUGUUGCUGUGGUUUCUUAUACAUGUUAUGAUAUGGAAGACGCUAUGAUUAUCAACAAGUCUUCCCAUGAAAGAGGCUUUGGAUACGGAACCAUUUAUAAGUCCGAGAUAGUCAAUCUAGAAAAGUUUCGUAAACUCGGUGACCCCAUCCAACAUCACUUUGGUCUUGGUGCAGACGCCUCACCUCACUGGCGUGAAAAACUUGACGACGAUGGUUUACCAUUCAUUGGUAUCAAGAUAACAUAUGGCGAUCCGUUAUGCGCAUACAUAGAUGAAACCAAAGGGAUUACUAAAGUGACAAAAUAUAAGGGGCUAGAAGAUGCAUAUGUUGAUCAGGUCCGAUUGCUCGGUGAUGAUUUGGGAAAAAUUGAGGUUCAGAAAAUUCAUAUAAAAUUAAGAAUUCCAAGACCUUCGGUUAUUGGUGAUAAAUUUUCUUCAAGGCAUGGACAAAAAGGGAUUUUAUCUCGAUUAUGGCCGCAAACAGACAUGCCUUUCACAGAGAGCGGAAUGCAACCCGAUAUUAUUAUCAAUCCCCAUGCAUUUCCGUCACGUAUGACCAUUGGUAUGUUUGUAGAAAGUUUGGCGGGAAAAUGUGGAGCUUUGUUUGGAAUAGCACAGGACUGCACGCCUUUCAAGUUUAAUGAGGAAUAUACUGCAAUUGAUUAUUUUGGUGAACAGCUUUUACGUGCUGGGUAUAAUUAUCAUGGUAAUGAGCCAAUGUACAGUGGAAUUACUGGCGAGGAAUUUCACGCAGAUAUCUAUAUUGGCGUUGUAUUUUAUCAGCGUCUACGUCACAUGGUUUCAGACAAGUGGCAAGUCAGAUCGACUGGUCCCGUUCAUAACUUGACAAUGCAACCGAUUGGAGGUCGCAAAAAGAGUGGAGGCGUUAGAUUUGGAGAGAUGGAACGCGAUUCUUUAUUGGCACAUGGAAUGAGUUUUUGCCUACAAGAUCGACUAAUGAAUUGUUCAGAUUAUUCUCAGUGUCAUCUGUGCCGAAAAUGCGGUUCUAUAUUCACUUCGCUUUCAUUGAAGACACACCAUACGAUAAAUUCUAAUUAUACUUACAAGAAACAUCACAUUCAGUGUGACAUUUGUGAUACUGCUCGAUGGAUCACUUUAGUUAAAAUUCCAUAUGCAUUUAGAUAUCUCGCAACGGAACUCGCAAGCAUGGGAAUAAAAAUAGUAUUGGAUACAGAAACAUGA